CCCCUGUAAGCCUGGUUUGGCAGCGGUGACGUCACUAGGUCGAGUGAAUUGAGGUGGAGGCAGCUACGUGAAAGGAAUUGUUUUGAGAAAUCAAAGAAAGUACGUGAAUUAAUUAUUUUGCGCUUUUGCUUACGACUCGACUGGUUUGUGGAAACGGUUUAUUUUCGUUCUUGUUCGAGUGUGUGUGCUUCGUCAGUCCCGGUUCUCGUUGGAGUGAACACAAAGGGGGACUCCAUGAAAGAUGACAGAGGAGGUGACAGUUGUAGCCAAGUGGGACUACACGGCCCAGCAGGACCAGGAACUUGACAUCCGGAAGAAUGAUCGGCUUACUCUGCUGGAUGACAGCAAGACUUGGUGGAGGGUGAGGAACGCCUCAAACCAGACCGGCUACGUCCCCUCCAACUAUGUAGAGCGCAAGAACAGCCUGGUGAAGAAGGCCUCUCUGGUCAAGAACCUCAAAGACACACUGGGACUGGGUAAGGGCAGAAGGAAGCAGAGUGCCAGUGACGCCUCCCCCACGCCCAGCACAGAUGCGGAGUACCCCUCCAAUGGGAGUGGCGGAGGAGUGGCCGAGCGGGUCUACGACCUCAACAUCCUGGCUGUGGUCAAGUUCUCGUACGUGGCGGAGCGCAAGGAUGAGCUGACCCUAGCCAAGGGGUCACGGGUCACUGUGAUGGAGAAGUGCAGUGACGGUUGGUGGCGGGGCAGCCAGGGAGGCCGUGUGGGCUGGUUCCCUUCCAACUAUGUCCUGGAGGACCCCGCAGAGGGUGAAGGGGGUAGAGGUGGAAGGGACUCCCCAGGGAGGGACAGGGAGGCCACGAUGACCAACGGGCGGGCGGGAGGUGGUGGCGGCAGCCGGGGUGGCGAGGGCAGUGGUGCGCUCCAGCUGGUCCAGACUCUGUACCCGUUCAGCUCAGUGACGGAGGAGGAGCUAAACUUUGAGAAAGGAGAGGUGAUGGAGGUUGUUGAGAAACCUGAGAACGACCCAGAGUGGUGGCGCUGCCGGAACACCCGCGGUCUGGUGGGCCUGGUGCCCAAAAACUACGUGCUGGUGCUGAAUGACACCAACGGGCCUCCCGGGCUCCCCGCUCUUCCGCUGUCGCCCCCCGGCUCCCCACAGAUCGGCCACAUGGCCCCGGCGUGUGAGGGCAAGUUUGCAGGCAGGGACUGGUACUAUGGAGGGGUGACCAGACACCAAGCAGAGCUGGUCCUCAACGAGAGAGGACAGGAGGGGGAUUUCCUCAUACGUGACAGCGAGUCAUCGCCCAGUGAUUUCUCUGUGUCUCUGAAGGCACCUGGGAAGAACAAGCACUUCAAGGUGCAGUGUUCAGAGGAGGUCUACUGUAUCGGCCAGCGCAAGUUCAGCUCCAUAGAUGAACUGGUGGAACACUACAAGAAAGCCCCCAUCUUCACCAGUGAACAAGGAGACAAGCUCUACCUGGUCAAACCGCUGCCCGAACCCCAGCUAUCCUCAACAUGCUGAACUUGGGGAGAGACCUUACUGUCUGUUUUAGCCCAGUCACAUAGUUCGUAUUGGUUCUGUUUCCUUUGUUAGUUAAAAAAAUAUUUGAAAUGUAAACCCUCUCCAGAGGUUCU